UACUUAUGACGUAGGUGAUAAGGAUGCAAGCAUCAUCACUAUGGCUUAUGCUCUUCACUUCGCCUCUGCCGGACAUCUUUUAUCCACUUCCCGGUCUAAAUUCCGGUCGCCGAACUGUUCUUCCGACCGGCAAGCGCUUUUCAAUCGCAUAGCUCCUGUCUACGAUAACUUAAAUGACUUGCUGAGCUUGGGGCAGCAUCGAAUUUGGAAAAGAAUGGCUGUUUCUUGGAGUGGGGCUAAAGCAGGGGACAAUGUGUUGGACUUAUGUUGUGGAAGUGGAGAUUUAGCCUUUCUCUUAUCCGACAAAGUUGGAACUACCGGCAAGGUUGUUGGUCUUGACUUCUCUAACGAGCAAUUAUCAGUUGCUUCAUCCAGGCAGCAGUUACGUGCAAAGGCUUGCUACAAUAAUAUUAAGUGGGUGGAAGGCGAUGCUCUUGAACUACCAUUUUCUGAUUCUUAUUUUGAUGCCAUUACAAUAGGCUAUGGACUGAGAAAUGUGGUGGAUAGACAGAAAGCAAUGUUGGAGAUGUACAGAGUUCUCAAACCAGGGUCAAAAGUUUCUGUCCUCGACUUUAAUAAGAGUAGUGAUGCGUUCAGUACCUUCAUUCAGGAAUGGAUAAUUGAUACCGUAGUUGUUCCUGUUGCAACUGGUUAUGGACUUGCAAAGGAGUAUGAAUAUUUAAAAAGCUCAAUUCAGGGUUACUUGACAGGGAAGCAGUUACAGGACCUUGCACUGGAAGUGGGAUUUUCUACUGCCAAAUAUUUUGAGGUUGGUGGAGGACUCAUGGGGAACUUAGUAGCCACAAGAAUGCAGUAAAUAUAACUUAAGUUCUGUCUUCUUUUUUCCUAGUAUAUUUUUGGGAGUUGCAUUCUUCUCAUGCGAUGUUUUCUCUUGGGAAAAGGUUGAGAAAACAUAGUUCUCUUCUGUUGUAACAAUAUUGAAGUACUUGGGUUGUAUGACACAAUAUAUCGAAUUUUGGCAUGUCUGUACGUGUACAUAAAUGUUAGUGGACACAUCAGAUAAUUUGGUGUGCAUAUUUGGCAGAAUGUAUGAAAAAGGGUCUAGAUUUGUACUUUUUAUCAA